AUGGCAACUGCUGCCAGAAAUAAAAAAGCAAAGCUAUUGGAACAAUUACAUGCGAGACAUGCUUAUGUUACUGGAUCGAUCGAAUUGAUCCGCGAAUUUGAUGAUAAUUUUGACGUAUCGAAAGCAGCUGAGGUUCCCUUUCGCAUUGAACGGCUGGACAAGCUAAUGGAAGAAUUAGAGCGCAUCGAAACCGAACUAGAUUCACUUCGCACUGGUGAUCCAACAUUUUCUGAAACGUGUGCAGAGUAUCAAACUUUGUAUUUUCGUCUAAAGGGAUCACUGUCAUCAAAAAACAUUACUGUUCCACAUCCUCAUCCCCCUGCUACCGUAUCUGAAGCGACAAGUGCUAGUUUCGCAUCUGUAGUGCGGUUACCCGAGCUGAAAAUUCCCGAAUUUGAUGGUAAUCCGGCAAAUUGGGCCGGAUUUCAUGAUUUGUUUUUGGCAAUAAUUCAUGAUCAUGCUACUCUUUCAAACAUCCAAAAGCUGCAUUACCUGCGAGCAUCGUUGAAAUGCGAUGCAGCUAGAAUUAUUUGCACCCUUCCUACCGACGCAACGAGCUAUCCCUUUGCGUGGAGUAUGAUAUGCGAGCGUUAUGAGGACAAAGUUAUGCUAAUUAAACAGCAUAUCUCUGCACUGUUCUCAACAACACCAGUUCGUAAAGAAUCCGCUGAAGAGUUAUUGGAUUUGGCCGAUGAAUUUGAAAAGCAUGUGAAAAUUUUGGAUUCACUCGAGACUAAAGCACAACAUUGGGAUUCUGUGUUGGUGGAACUUCUGUUCAGUCGAAUGGAUAAUCACACACAAAGGUUGUGGGAAAACCAGCGGGAUAAAACAAAACGCCCCACCUACGAGGAUUUGUUAAAGUUUGUCCACGAACAUUCGCGGACACUUCAGUCACUCAAGCUUUCGCAAACUGCUAUUUCUUUUACGGAGGCCAAGCCUCCUAAGGCUCGACCGCUUGUUAGCAACUCGACAACGGAGCAAACCUUAAAAUGCGCAGUUUGUACACAAAACCAUUAUUUAUUUCAAUGCGAAUUAUUUCGAGCUCGAAGCCCUGCUCAACGCUUAGAUCUGGUGAGACGAGCCAAUCUGUGUAUCAAUUGCUUAAAAGCUUCGCAUUUGGCAAAAAAUUGCAAUAGUGGGUGCUGCAAAUAUUGCCAAAAGAAGCAUCUGUAA